GGGCGCCCCGUCGAUUUAUCAGCAAACACGCAAAUCUUGUUGUACAAAUGGCACAAAUCCUGGAGCCAAGACUUUAAAUGCAGCAGCUAGACUUUGUGUAGGGUUCGGCCAUUCGUAUGGCAAGUGAUGCCACCGCUUCCUCCAUCACCUUCGACUCCUAUCAAUGUUUCUCAUCUAUCCUCCGCUGCAGAAGCACCUACAGAGAAAUAUCUCGUAGAAACUAUCCUAACCGACAAUAAAAACGAACCCGAGUCUGACGGAAAUACGCUCACAAGGACUAAAGCAUUUGUGCAGCCCAAACAUCCGAAAUCUCAUCGAUCGAUUGCGAGUAGCGGCGGUUCUACAUACUGUGAUGAAGAGAAUCAGACAACCGACGAUGGGUAUGAAGUGACGUGGGACACGUUACCGGAAUCAAAGGCUUCGGAAGCUGUUCAAAACCCGCGCACCUGGAACAAAGCUAGGAGAUGGCUCAUUGUGCUCAUUGUAUCAACGAGCUCACUCUGCGUGACCUGUGCUUCGUCUAUCUACUCGAGCACUUACAGCGCCAUCGUCCCCCAGUUCAACAUCAUCCGAAUCGUACUCGUGUUAGGUUUAUCGCUCUUUGUUGCAGGCUUAGGAUGCGGUCCUAUGAUCCUAAGCCCUUUGUCUGAACAAACAGUUUUAUGGCCGCCGACCUAUCUACAUCCUUUCAUACAGCAGCUCUCGGGCCCGAUGAUGAUAUACACGGCAUCGCCUUUUGUUGGAACAGAACUUGGACCACUUGUAGGCGGCUUUAUCAAUCAGUACGCAGAUUGGCGUUGGACAUACUACGCAUUGCUCAUCUGGAGCGUAGUGCAACUUGCACUGACCAUUUUUCUUGUGCUUGAGACAUAUCAUUCAGUACUGCUCCACCGCAAGGCAGAACAACUUCGAAAAGAAAUAGGGUAUGAGGCUUGGAAGGCACCAAUUGAAAAUGACACAAAGUUUGUCCAGCAGACGUUGUCUCUGUCGUUUAUUCGGCCUUUCCAAUUACUUAUUUUCGAGCCGAUGGUAAGAACUUCCAGAAGAAACAUCUCCAUCACAUACUCACUGUCGAAACAACACUGUCUUAACCUUUGCAUCCUGUGCGCUAUCCUGUUGGGCAUCUUGUAUCUCUUUUUCGGCGCCUUCCCCUUGGUCUUUAAAAACAACCACGGUUUCACGCUGUCACAAGUUGGCUUGGCCUUUCUUGGGCUUUUGGUCGGCAUGGUGCUUGGUAUUCUUUCCGAUAUAUUUUGGCGAAAGAACUUUACACGGCUUGUGCGAAAGCGAGAAGCUCUAGGAGGCGAGCCAAGUGGAUCGGAGCCGGAGUUUAGACUUCCGCCCACAGUUUUGGGCGCUGUUAUUGUGCCUUUCGCUUUGUUCGGGUUUGGUUGGACAACAUAUUCAAAAGCAAGUGAUUACGGUUCUACUUUGCAGUGCGAUUCCCUGCUAAUUAUACUAAGAAGGCUGAAAAUGCAGUAUCCGCUAUAUGCUGCAAGUGCAUUAGCAGCAAACAGCUUCGCAAGGUCCAGUUUUGCAGCGGCGUUUCCUUUGUUUGGAGUACAGAUGUACAGCAAAUUAGGAUAUCAGUGGGGAACGUCGUUGUUGGCUUUUUUAGCCUUGGCGAUGUUACCUUUCCCUUACAUUUCCUACCGCUAUGGCAAAAGGCUUAGAGCUAAGAGUCAUUUUGUUUCCGUAUAA